AUGUCAUCCUCAAGACCCUUGGUAAAGAGGCCUUUUGCUGAGGUGAUGUUAGCUUACCACCUUCACACAGAGGUGCAAGUUGCUAUCAAGGUCCUGAAAAAGGGAACAAAGAAUGACUUCAGUGUUAAAACCAAAAUCAACAUCUUGAAAACAUUGAACUACCCACAUGUUAUCAAGUUGUUCCAUCUUGUCAACACCAAAGGAUACACCUAUAUGGUGAUGGAACAUACUGCCAGUGGAGAUCUGGUGAACCAUGUUGAGGGGGUGGGCCCUCUGCAGGAGGAACAGACCCAGCACAUUUUUACACAGGUAGUGUGUGCAGUUGACUACUGCCAUACGAGUGGCAUUGCACACAGAGACAUCAAGCUGGACAAUAUCCUGCUGGAUGGCAAAGAUAAUGCCAAACUUUGUGAUUUUGGCCUAGCUAUCUGGGUCACGCCUGGCCAGGACACCAAGGGAUUCUUGGUUACCCUAGAAAAUUGUGCUUCUGAGCUAUUCUCCAAUGCAGAAUAUGAUGCAAGGGCAGUGGACAUCUGGAGCAUGGGAGUGCUUUUAUAUGGGAAGGUGACAGCAUCCAUUCCAUUCAAAGCCAACACAUAUUCAGAAAUGAAGGAGGAGAUGCUGGAUCCCAAGUACCACCUCCCUAACACACAUUCAGAAAACAUAGCAUACAUCAUAGUGAAGUUGUUCACUGUGAAGCCUGAGAGGAGACCAAAGAUAUGUGACAUUAGGCAGCAUCAGUGGGUCAAGGGGAAGGAAGAAUUUUGGAAAAUCAUACCAUCUUUAGAGGCACUCUGUAGUAACCCAUAUGCCAGCAUUAUAGUGGCUAUGUGGGGUAUGGGCUAUAACCCCAAGAACAUUAGUUCUUGUCUAACUAAGGAAAAAAAAGUCAGUAACAUCAUGGCCAUGUACCUAAUUUUAAACCACAAAUCACCCCGCGGCCACUCAAAAUAUGCUGGGAAGUUCUUGCAGGCCUGUGUUGCUAUGUUCGCAGCAGGUUCUCUUGCUACCUUUCCUUCUCAGAGAGGACUGAGUGGAGCUUGCUCUUCCCACAUUGCUGGAGGAACACCGGGUGCAUGA